UCGGGCAUCUACAUGCUCGGGCUCUGCCUUCCGCACCGCGCCCCUGCCACCGCGGCGGGUGCACCAACACCCGGUCCACAUCCACCCAAGGGGCGAGGCAGGCCAGGGCAAGGAGCGCAAAACCCCGACUCCUUCACGAGAUCGCCGGGGCGAGGCGAGACGAGGCCAGCCCUUCGUCUACCGCAGUUCCUCCAUCGACGGCGACAGUGAACUGAGUAUAUUUCUGGCUAAGAAAGGAACUUGGUCAAUAAAAUUUUGCCACAAAGUAGAACCUUCUGAGGCAAUAUGACAUCAGUAGGUCUAUUAAAUCCCUCAUCAGGUUAUGAAGCGAGCACUAGUGGAGCCAUUGAUCAAUUGCCAGAUGAGGUGAACAGGCUGAGCAUAAGAGAUGAUAAGGAAGUUGAAGCUGUUGUUGUCAAUGGCAAUGAGAUGGAAGUUGGUCAUACUAUCGUGACGACUGUUGGUGGAAGAAAUUCGCAACUGAGGCAGACUAUUAGUUACAUGGCAGAGCGUAUUGUGGGGCAAGGUUCAUUUGGAGUUGUCUUCCAGGCCAGGUGUCUGGAAACUGGUGAAAGAGUAGCUAUAAAGAAAGUUCUUCAAGAUGUGAGGUAUAAGAACCGUGAGCUGCAAACAAUGCAAGUUCUUGAUCACCCAAAUGUCGUAUGCUUGAAGCAUUACUUUUGCUCAACGACUGACAAGGAAAAGCUUUACCUCAAUUUGGUGCUUGAAUAUGUGCCAGAAACUGUUCACCGUGUUAUUAAACACUACAAUAAGAUGAAGCAACGUAUGCCGUUGAUAUACGUUAAACUCUAUAUCUAUCAGAUUUGUAGAGCUUUGGCUUACAUGCAUAACUGCAUAGGAGUAUGCCACAGGGAUAUAAAGCCACAAAAUAUUCUGGUGAACCCACAUACUCAUCAGCUGAAGUUGUGUGAUUUCGGUAGCGCGAAAGUCUUGGUACAAGGGGAACCCAAUAUUUCAUAUAUUUGUUCUAGAUACUACAGAGCUCCAGAGCUCAUAUUUGGUGCUACAGAGUACACAAUAGCUAUUGACCUGUGGUCUGCUGGUUGUGUUCUUGCUGAACUUCUUCUAGGGCAGCCCGUUUUCUCUGGGGACAGUGGUGUCGAUCAGCUAGUUGAAAUUAUCAAGGUUCUAGGUACUCCAACACGGGAUGAAAUUAAGCGCAUGAACCCAAACUACACCGAGUUUAAGUUCCCACAAAUCAAAGCUCACCCAUGGCACAAAAUCUUCCACAAAAGAAUGCCAUCUGAAGCUGUAGAUCUUGUUUCUCGGCUUCUGCAGUACUCACCAAACCUCCGGUGCACUGCAUUGGAGGCGUUAAUCCAUCCAUUCUUUAAUGAACUACGGGAUCCGAACACCCGGUUACCAAAUGGUCGUUCCCUUCCCCAUCUCUUCCAUUUUAAGCCUUAUGAGUUGAGAGGGCUACCAAUGGAGUUUCUUGUGAAAUUGGUCCCCCAGCAUGCUAAGAAGCAAUGUGCCUUCUUAGGAUUAUGAGAAAGCAGUUAAAACUUCAGAGUGUUCUAAAAAAGCGAAAGCAGUUCAGAGAUUACUUGAGUAUCACAUCAAUGUUCUGUUCAAAACUGCAGAAUAGCAUUCGUCUACAGUAUUAUCGGGUAGGCAAUGCAUGCUGUUUUGUUCCACUCUGGCAAUGAUGUCGCAUGUUCUAGCACCGCAGUGAGCCCUUCCACCACAUUCUGUAAAGCAGAUGAAGACACAAACUGAGUUCAUGUGGUUUGUAUAUUGGUCUAUCUCAACCCUGACAACUCGAUUGUUUGCAUACCAUUUUACUUUUUGGGAGAUGGAUUCUUUGAAUAUCUAUCUAUAUCACGAAAUGAAAAGGAAAAAAAAAAGAUUUCCAGAUGUAUGUUUGAUCUGUAUUCUCAUUCCUGAGCCUGUAUCAGUUUUCACCUACCAAGGGAGUUGAAGCCUGUUAUGUAAUAGUCAUGAACAAGAAACAGUCAUCUACAGAUGAUCAGUAUAUCUGUUUCCA